UUCACUAUAAAGAAACCAACCCUCCGAAAUCAUCGCUGCUUCCCUCCCUUCUCUCUCCGCCGCCGCCAUCUCCGUCUCCGCCGCGCUACUCAUGGACAUCCGCCGGAGGCCAGCAAAGCCUUCCCAACCUCCUCCUCCGCUGCAAUCGGCCUCCAAAUCAUCCUCCGUCGAUCACCACCCCUCGUCCCCAAAAGCCUCCGAUGCCCUACCAUUACCCCUCUAUCUCACCAACGGAAUCUUCUUCACGCUCUUCUUCUCCGUCGCCUACUUCCUCCUCCUCCGCUGGGGCGAUAAGAUCCGCAAUUCCACGCCGCUGCAUAUCCUCACCUUCUCCGAGAUCGCCGCGAUCCUCUGCCUAAUCGCGUCCUUCAUUUACCUCUUAUGCUUCUUCGGAAUCGACUUCGUGCAAUCCUUCAUCUCGAAGCCUGAGGAGCACCAGCAGUUCAUCCUCCACGAGGAUCGGAAGCCGAUUGCGGCGGUGGAGCUUCCGCAGGGAGAUGAGGAAAUCGUAGACGGCGUCGUUUCCGGUGAAAUCCCCUUGCAUUCGCUUGAAUCGAGGCUAGGGGACUGCCUUAGGGCGGCGAGGAUACGGCGGGAGGCGGUGCAGAGGCUGGUGGGGAGGGGAUUGGAAGGUUUGCCCGUGGAAGGAUUCGAUUACGACUCGAUUCUAGGGCAAUGCUGCGAGAUGCCGGUGGGAUACGUGCAGAUUCCGGUGGGGAUCGCGGGGCCGCUGCUGCUGAACGGCGGUGAGUACUCGGUGCCGAUGGCGACGACGGAGGGGUGCCUCGUUGCGAGCACGAACAGGGGAUGCAAGGCGAUCUACGCCUCCGGAGGCGCGACGUGCGUGCUGCUGCGGGACGCGAUGACUAGAGCUCCGGUGGUGAGGUUCUCGUCGGCGAAGAGAGCGGCGGAGCUGAAGUUCUUCCUCGAAGAUCCUCUCCAUUUUGAUGCGCUGUCGGUCGUUUUCAAUAAAUCGAGUAGAUUUGCGAGGCUCCAAAACAUUCAAUGUGCAAUUGCUGGGAAGAAUCUGUACAUAAGAUUCAGUUGCAGCACGGGUGAUGCCAUGGGAAUGAACAUGGUUUCGAAAGGGGUUCAAAAUGUUUUGGACUUCCUCCAGAAUGAUUUCCCAGAUAUGGAUGUCAUUGGUAUUUCUGGAAAUUACUGUUCUGACAAAAAACCAUCUGCAGUCAACUGGAUCGAAGGGCGUGGUAAAUCAGUUGUAUGUGAGGCUGUCAUCACCGGUGAUGUGGUGUCGAAGGUACUGAAAACAACUGUACCCUCCCUUGUCGAGCUCAACAUGCUCAAGAACCUCACCGGUUCUGCUGUUGCUGGCGCUCUUGGUGGCUUCAACGCACAUGCUGCAAACAUAGUCUCUGCAGUAUUCAUCGCCACUGGGCAGGACCCGGCUCAAAACAUUGAAAGUUCCCACUGCAUUACUAUGAUGGAGGCUAUCAAUGGCGGCAAGGAUCUUCAUAUUUCAGUGACAAUGCCAUCCAUUGAGGUUGGAACUGUCGGGGGAGGAACUCAACUUGCAUCGCAAUCUGCUUGCCUAAACCUUCUUGGUGUAAAGGGCGCAAAUAAAGAGUCUCCCGGAUCAAAUGCCCGGCUCCUGGCCACCAUUGUCGCUGGCGCUGUCUUGGCAGGAGAGCUCUCACUAAUGUCUGCCAUUUCAGCUGGCCAGCUCGUCAAGAGCCACAUGAAAUACAACCGAUCAAGCAGGGACAUCGCGAAGAUUGGGUCCUGAAACUGUUGGUGGUGUCGACAUAGAGGGGGUGGGUGGGAGUUUACAAUCAUGACGUGCCAGGAGAGACUGGUCGAUCACGGGCGUGCAACUUUAUGGAAUGGGACUCGACUUGCCUGAUGGGGCCAGCAAGUCUUGCGGAUUAUCCUUUCUCCUCGUUCCCGCCCCCCGUCUUCGUGUUUUUUUCUCAGUGAAUCGAAGCUUUGCCGUUGGCAGUAAUGGAGGCUUAUAUGUUUGUAGUGCAAUCUUUCUUUCAUCUUCUUCUUUUGUUUCUUCUUUGAUGUCUAGAAUCCAGAUCAUUGAAUGUGGACAUAAAGUUUGAAGCAUGUUUUGUAAUUAUGUUGUGACUCAUUGGACUUUUGAUUAAGUGGUAGGGUCUCAAUUGUGACA